UUGCCUACAAAAAUAAUCUUCAUUGCCAUCCAUAUCUUUCACGCGUCCUUCCGUCGCGCGCGAUCUCGGCUACGACUCAUUAAGUCGAGAGGAGAAUAACGACGAUUGACCGCCCACGAUGUCGAUGUAUCCGGGUCAUCGUGGCAUGGCCAAUGUCGGCCCCGCAAAUGGGGUUGUCGGUCGUCUGAACGACCUCCUCAAUCAGCUCCGAGCUGAGUUCGAGACGCACAUCCAGCAGAACGAGACGUAUGAGCAUCAAAUCCAGGCCCAGGUGCAAGAGAUGCAAUUAAUCCGUGAGAAGGUGUACCAGAUGGAACAGAACCAAGUGAAUUUGAAGCAAAAGUAUGAGGAGGAGAUCGCUAUGUUACGCCGCCAGCUAGAGAGUCGCGGAGGCCCGCCGGGACCGAUGAAUCCGCCUCCUCAGCACGUCGGUCCGCCGCAGCCGCCGCCGCAGAUUGGGAACCCGGGAAACAAUAGUGUGAUCGGCGCUAUUCUCUCUGGCCAGGUCACCCAAGGUGGCCUAGCCCCUCCUCCCCACCCGCAACAGCAGGAACAGCAGCAGGCACCUCAUAUGCCUCCUGCACCCCCCGGACUGCAGGGGCCGCCUCCUCCCCCUCCUCCGCCGUCCCAGCAGCCGCCGUUCCAGCAGCAGUAUCCGCAACCUGCACCAGGCGGUUUCCCGCCCCAGCCCCCUCAGAGCACCGCAUCUCCGGGACCGAACAAGCGAGCCAUUGGCAGGCCUCCGGCGGCUGGGGGCCCGGCCACGCCGCAAAUCAACACUCCGGUCCCCUAUAACGGGCCCGGCCAGUCUCCGCAGGUCCCUACUCAUCCCACGCCCGAUCAUGCCCGGAUGCCGCAACAUGCUCCUCCGCCUCCUCCUCCGCCUCCUCACCACCACCCUAAUGCGUUGGGUGAUUUGGACCCAGAGCGGCUCCCGAACCAUAUAAAGAAGGUUAGGGAGGACUGGUGGGCCAUUUUCAACCAGCAUGUUCCUCGCGUUCUUGACGUCGAUCUUGUGCACACCCUCGUGCACGAAAGCGUUGUCUGCUGUGUGAGAUUCAGCCACGAUGGCAAGUACGUUGCGACGGGUUGCAACAGGUCGGCGCAGAUCUAUGAUGUCGCAACAGGUGAGAAGGUCUGCGUUCUCCAAGACGACAGCAUCGAUCUCAGCGGAGACCUCUACAUCAGAAGCGUCUGCUUCAGCCCGGAUGGCAAGUAUCUUGCCACGGGAGCCGAGGACAAGUUGAUCAGAGUUUGGGAUAUCCAAGCAAGGCAGAUUCGGACGACAUUCGCAGGUCACGACCAAGACAUCUAUUCGCUCGACUUUGCUCGCGACGGGCGAACCAUUGCCUCUGGCAGCGGCGACAGGACCGUCAGGAUCUGGGACCUGGAAGCUGGCGCGUGCCAGCUUACCCUAAGCAUUGAGGACGGCGUCACUACCGUUGCCAUAUCCCCUGACACCAAGCUUGUCGCUGCCGGUUCUCUUGACAAGAGUGUGAGAGUGUGGGACAUCAAGCAGGGCUUUCUCCUCGAACGUCUUGAGGGUCCGGAUGGCCACAAGGACAGCGUUUAUAGCGUGGCAUUCUCCCCUAACGCGCGUGAGCUCGUCAGCGGCAGCUUGGAUAAGACCAUCAAAAUGUGGGAGCUGAACACCACGCGCACCAUCUCUCAUCCCCAGCAGCCGCUGAAGGGAGGGCGCUGCAUCAAAACGUUUGAGGGUCAUAGGGAUUUCGUGCUCAGUGUCGCCCUUACGCCAGAUGCCGAAUGGGUGCUCUCCGGUUCCAAAGACCGCGGCGUCCAGUUCUGGGACCCGCGCACAGGGCAGACGCAGCUCAUGCUCCAAGGACAUAAAAACUCGGUCAUUUCCGUUGCGCCGAGCCCGGCGGCCAGCCCUGCUGGUGGCUACUUUGCGACCGGCUCCGGCGAUAUGAAGGCGCGCAUUUGGUCCUACACCCGUCUCGACCGACGGCAGUAAGGGGCUGGGCUGUCAAGUACCGGUUCGGUGCGGCCUUGGCCUUAUCCGCCACGCUGGCCUUCGGAUAAGGACAAAUAACCCUUAUCCGCUUUGGACUUACUCAGAUGGAGCUCGGGACAACCACCCGCCAUAAAUCCCUGGGAUGAAGGCUAAGAGGGAUAGCGUGAGCCCUGCUCGAGACGAACGAUGCCGAUGAAAAAAUCCGAUAAAUGUUCAGCAGUACCAGCCUCCAACGCUAGUGCUGACUAGACUAAUACUGAGCUGAGCCGCAGCCCAGGUACUUGGGCCAAAGGCGUUGCAGCACUAUUGAGACGGCGAGUCUGGCAAUUUAGACCGAAGGCGCAACCGGUUUCGACAUUUCAUGUUGUACCCCAGCACAAGUAUGGAUUCUCGUCGGCACCGGUUGCGAGCGUGUAGGUGCAGAAAACCU